AUGGUGUGCCUCGCCCACCCAUCACGGGACCCGUGGUGGGCCUCACCUGCCUGUCCCGGAACCCGUGGUGGGCCUCGCCCGCCUGUCCCAGGUCCCGUGGUGGGCCUCGCCCGCCCAUCCCAGGACCCGUGGCAGCCUCGCCCGUGCGUCCCGGGACCAGUGGUGGCUGGGACGGGCGGCGGCCUCACCCACCCAUCUCAGGACCCAUGGUGGGCCUCGUCCACCUAUCGCGGGACCCGUGGUGGGCCUUGCCCGCCUGUCCCGGGACCUGUGGCGGAUUCACCCACCUGUCCCGUGAACCAUGGCGGAAUCGCCCGCCCGUCCCGGGACCUAUGGCGGAAUUGCCCGCCCGUGGCAGAAUCGCCUGCCUGUCCCAGGACCCGUGGCAGAAUCGCCCGCCCGUCCCGGGACCCAUGGUGGAAUCGUUCCCCCGUCCUGGGACCCGUGGAGGCCUUGCCUGCCUGUCCCAGGACCCAUGGCGGAAUCGCCCGCCUGUCCAAUGAGCCGUUGCAGAAUCGCCCGCCUGUCCCAGGACCCGUGGCGGAAUCACCUGCCCGUCCCGGGACCCAUGGCAGAAUUGCCCCCCCAUCCCAGGACCCAUGGCGGAAUCACCCGCCCGUCCCUGGACCCAUGGCAGCCUCGCCCGCGCGUCCGAGGACCCAUGGGGGCCUCGCCAGCCCCCCCGAAGACCUGAGGCGGGCCUCACCCAUCCGUCCCAGGACGCGUGGCAGCCUCGCCCGCCCGUCCCCGAAAUGGCAUCCUCGCCUGCCAGUCCCAGGACCUGUGGUGGGCCUCGCCCGUCCAUCCCCGAACCAGUGGCGGCCUAAACCACCUGUCCCGGAAACGUGGGGGACCUCUCGUGAUCGUUCUUCUUCAGAAACAACGUUCUAG